GGGAUCAUCCCGGGCCUGGCCUCGCCGAGGAGGAGACCCCAAAGGGGGAGACCCCAAAGGGGGAGAUCCCAAAGGGGGGGGACCCCAAAGGGGGAGGUCCCAGAGGUGGUGGAGGUCCUAAAGGAGGAGAUCCCACAGGUGGAGAUCCCAAAGAGAAAGAUCCCAAACGGGGAGAUCCUAAAUGUGGAGGUCCCACAGGGGGAGAUCCCAAAGGUAGUGGAGAUCCUACAGGAGGAGAUCCCAAAGGUGGUGGAGGUCCCAGAGGUGGAGAUCCCAAAGGGGGAGAUCCCAAAGGGGGAGAUCCCAAAGGGGGAGAUCCUAAAGGGGGAGAUCCCAAAGGGGGAGAUCCCAAAGAGAAAGAUCCCAAAGGGGUAGAUCCUAAGUAUGGAGGUCCCACAGGUGGAGAUCCUAAAGGAGGAGAUCUCAAAGGUGGUGGAGGUCCCAAAGAUGGAGAUCCCAAAGAGAAAGGUCCCAAACAGGGAGAUCCUAAAUAUGGAGGUGCUAAAGGUGGAGGUCCCACAGGGGGAGAUCCCACAGGGGGAGACCCCAAAUGUGGAGAUCCCAAAGGUGGUGGAGAUCCUAAAUAUGGAGGUCCCACAGGGGGAGAUCCCAAAGGUGGAGAUCCCAAAUGUGGAGGUCCCAGAGGUGGAGAUCCCAAAGAGAAAGAUCCCAAAGGGGUAGAUCCUAAGUAUGGAGGUCCCACAGGGGGAGAUCCAAAAGGAGGAGAUCCUAAAGGUGGAGGUCCCACAGGUGGAGGUCCUAAAGGAGGAGGUCUCAAAGGUGGUGGAGGUCCCAAAGAUGGAGAUCCCAAAGAGAAAGAUCCCAAAGGGGGAGAUCCUAAAUAUGGAGGUCCCACAGGGGGAGAUCCUAAAGGAGGAGAUCCCAAAGGAGGAGAUCCCAAAGGUGGAGAUCUUAAAGGGGGAGAUCCCAAACGGGGAGAUCCUAAAUAUGGAGAUCCUUAA